AUGGGACCCAUCGCCAUGACGCUCAGGCCAGCUCCGGCGGUUCAUUUAAGGGCUCCGUACCCGGAAAAUAUGGUGUUCCCCUUGUCGUUGGCGGCAUCCCGGCCAGAUACCCACAUAGCGCAGCUGAUCGCCACAAUCCAAGAACUCUUAUCUAACGAGAAGCUACGAACUCUGUCAGACGAGCAUGGUGCUGUCUACUUCCAGAACCCCGGGUCUGAAAAAUAUGUUGGCAACCCGGUUCGGCGCGCCAUUCAUUCUAAGAACGUGGCAAUGGCCAAUGAAGGGCCCAAUACGCAGCCAGUUCACCCUCACAAUGAAUCCGGAUUAAGCCCACAUUACCCAGCUUACGUCUUGUUCUUCUGUGCCUCUCCACCUGACACGGGUAGUGAAAUCCCCAUCAACCACUCUAUUGUACUCUACCGCCUGUCUUUCAGCAGGCACCCUGACUUCAUCAAAGAUCUCAAGUGCCAGUGA